GGCGAUGCGGUCUGUAUGGGCUGCGGCUCCGUGCUGGAGGACAACAUCAUCGUGUCCGAGGUGGAGUUCGUAGAGACGGGAGGCGGAGGGUCGCUGGCUGUGGGGCAAUUCGUCUCUGCAGAAGCUGGAGCUAAACAUCCCUCCUUUGGAGAUGUGCACUUCACAGGGAGGGAGUCCCGAGCUCAGACGCUGCAGAAAGCCAAACAGCACAUCAACACUCUGGGCCACCAGCUGCAGAUGAACCAGCACUGUCUGGACACGGCCUUCAAUUUCUACAAGAUGGCGCUGACAAAACACCUGACCCGCGGCCGCAAGGCGUCGCACGUCAUCGCCGCCUGUCUCUACCUGGUCUGCCGCACCGAGGGAACGCCAC